GUUCUCCCUCUACGGCUGAUGACCGCGAACGAAGACGAAUUUGCUUUUCCUCUGUUGCUGUCAUAUGCCACUAAUCACAUGUGUCUGAUGAAUUGCAUUCUAAACGGGGCUAGAGAGAGCAGUGGUGGAAUUUAACCUGAGCUCGCACCCUUGAGUGGACGUCCGACAUUCAGACCAGCCCAGAGAAUACCAUCGAGACUUUGGCAAUAUGGAGUCUCAGGCGCUAAAUGGUGCAGACAAGCAGCGACAGGUUGCGCAACUCAUGCGCCGUCUGGAAAAUGACUUGGAAGAGAAGGCGCUUACAACUGCACAACGAGUACAAAUCCUCUUACAAGUACGACAAUAUGGGACGCAACCAUCAAAUGCGGACCCGAUAUAUUCAAGAAGCGGCAUGAAUAUUCUGACAAAAUAUGGCGUGGACGGUGAGACCGCUGAAGUACGCCGGACUGCCCUACGUUGCGUCGCGAACGCUCUCUUGCUAGAACCAAAGAUGCGUCAGACCUUUGUGGACACAGGGUAUUCUGGUAAGCUAGCAGAGAAUCUGAAGUGCGAUAAUUCAGAAGAUGAAAUGGUAUUAAGUCGAAUCUUGUUUCUCUCUACCUAUGAUACCACUCUGGAUUUUGAAAACCUUAUAAACAACAACUCCCUUGGUAAUAAUAUCAAUCAUCAAAUUGCCCGACAUUCGAAGCAAUUCCCUAAAGCGGGUAGAAAGACGUUAUCGCAGAUGGAUGAGCUUGCUCUAACAGAUACCCUGAAACUGGUCUUCAAUAUUUCUAAGCUCUACCCGGAUCUCGCUGUGACCUUUGCACCUUCAAUUCCUUACAUUCUCAAAAUGAUUAGCCGUAUGGAUAUCCCUUCGAAGCCUCUGGAUGGGUUGAUUGGUUAUAUGAUAUACAGCUUGGCAAUGCUGGAUCUUGAAGGCAAGAAGACCAAGCAUUUUGAAAGUGGCUCUCUUUUCCCCAAGCUGAACCAGAAUUGCAAUGUGGACAAGCUGAUCAAUAUCCUGGAUCGAGCUGUGUCUGCCUACGGCCCAGAGGAGCUUGAGACAAAGGCAAUCCCUCUUCUUCACACACUGAUCAUACUGUAUGAAGUGGCUCCGGACGGCCCUCGUAAAUAUAUGCAAUGGCUCCUCUUACCCGAAGACAACGAUCGAAGUUUGCCGAUAGGAUAUUCUGAUACGCUCUCCUCCAAACUGCUGAGGAUCUCGACAUCUCCUUACCCUAAGCUUAAAACUGCUAUCUCAGACCUGAUGUUUGUGCUGUCUGGGAAGAAUGCGGAGAACCUCACAAAGAGCAUUGGUUAUGGAUUCGCAGCAGGAUUCCUUGCAUCCCGAGGCAUGGAAAUACCUCAAACAGCGAGAGAAGCAUUUGCGACGAACGCGCCAGAGUUUGAUCCAGAGAUCAACCCCAUCACCGGUCAGAGAUGGUCAGCAGAACGGCGGGAUUCAGGUUCCCCCAUGACAAAAGAAGAGAAGGAAAGAGAGGCAGAGAGACUCUUUGUCCUCUUUGAAAGAGCAAGAUUGAACGGCAUCCUCAACGUGGAAAAUCCAGUGACCCAAGCCCUUCAUGAAGGACGACUAGAAGAAUUACCUGACAGUGAUGAUAGCGAGUGAAGAUGUGUUAGGAUAUGCUCAGACCCUUGCUAAAUAACAUGGCAUGUCUUUGCAUAAUCGUGUCAAUGGCCUGUAAAGUCGUAUGAAUGGACUUGUCCACCUUGUGUCUUAGUUAUACCCAUACCAUGGAUCUAUCAGAUUGGAGUUGUGAAAUGAAAGUAUUGUCAGAAAGUGGUUC